CUGACUAUAAAGUGGACGACAAACUUAUAUGAAAGCUCUGGAUGUUAAAGAUCAUCUCUGUAUGGAGUUAAGGUGUAUGAAUUUAUUAGAAUUUAGAAUUCUAGCCAGUGUUUACUAAAUGUAUAUUCCAGGCAUUGUGAUACGUAUUUCAUAGUGUCUUUAUGUUGCCCUCAGGAAAAAAACAGAUCAAACUUUAACCUAGACUUCAAGGGCCCUGGUCAUCUGGCCGCUGCGUCCUCCUCCAGCCUCACCUCCCACACCUCUCACACUGGACACCAGCCACAUUGGCUUUCAAUGCACCAAGAAAAGUUGGAGUGGUGACUGAACAUUCUUCACGAUCCGAAAGGAAAAGAAGAGACUCUUUCGGGAUGUUUGACGGUUAUGAUAGCUGCAGUGAGGACACGAGUAGCAGCUCCAGCUCUGAGGAGAGUGAAGAGGAAGUUGCUCCUUUACCUUCUAAUCUGCCAAUUAUCAAAAACAAUGGCCAAGUGUACACAUACCCAGAUGGUAAAUCUGGCAUGGCUACCUGUGAAAUGUGUGGGAUGGUUGGUGUGCGAGAUGCUUUUUACUCUAAAACAAAGCGUUUCUGCAGUGUUUCAUGUUCAAGAAGUUACUCGUCAAACUCCAAGAAGGCAAGCAUUUUGGCCAGACUUCAGGUAACGGGUAAGCCUCCAACAAAGAAAGCAAAAGUUCUUCAGAAACAACCUUUAGUUGCUAAACUAGCUGCAUAUGCUCAGUAUCAAGCUACCUUGCAAAAUCAAGCAAAGACUAAAUCAGUAGCAGUCUCCAUGGAAGGUUUCAGCUGGGGUAACUACAUCAAUAGCAAUAGCUUUAUAGCAGCUCCAGUUACCUGCUUUAAACAUGCACCUAUGGGGACCUGCUGGGGUGAUAUCUCAGAAAAUGUGAGAGUAGAAGUUCCCAAUACAGACUGCAGCCUACCUACCAAAGUCUUCUGGAUUGCUGGGAUUGUAAAAUUAGCAGGCUACAAUGCCCUUUUAAGAUAUGAAGGAUUUGAAAAUGACUCUGGUCUGGACUUCUGGUGCAAUAUAUGUGGUUCUGAUAUCCAUCCAGUUGGUUGGUGUGCAGCCAGUGGAAAACCUCUUGUCCCUCCUAGAACUAUUCAGCAUAAGUAUACAAACUGGAAAGCUUUUCUAGUGAAACGACUUACUGGUGCCAAAACACUUCCUCCCGAUUUCUCACAAAAGGUUUCAGAGAGCAUGCAGUAUCCUUUCAAACCUUGCAUGAGAGUAGAAGUGGUUGACAAGAGGCAUUUGUGUCGAACACGAGUGGCAGUGGUGGAAAGUGUAAUUGGAGGAAGAUUAAGACUAGUGUAUGAAGAGAGUGAAGAUAGAACAGAUGACUUCUGGUGCCAUAUGCACAGCCCAUUAAUCCAUCAUAUCGGUUGGUCUCGAAGCAUAGGCCAUCGAUUCAAAAGAUCUGAUAUUACAAAGAAACAGGAUGGACAUUUUGAUACACCACCACAUUUAUUUGCUAAGGUAAAAGAAGUAGACCAGAGUGGGGAAUGGUUCAAAGAAGGAAUGAAAUUGGAAGCUAUAGACCCAUUAAAUCUUUCCACAAUAUGUGUUGCGACCAUUAGAAAGGUGCUGGCUGAUGGAUUCCUGAUGAUUGGGAUCGAUGGCUCAGAAGCAGCAGACGGAUCUGACUGGUUCUGUUAUCAUGCAACCUCCCCUUCUAUUUUCCCUGUUGGUUUCUGUGAAAUUAACAUGAUUGAACUUACUCCACCCAGAGGUUACACAAAACUUCCUUUUAAAUGGUUUGACUACCUCAGGGAAACUGGCUCCAUUGCAGCACCAGUAAAACUAUUUAAUAAGGAUGUUCCAAAUCACGGAUUUCGUGUAGGAAUGAAAUUAGAAGCAGUAGAUCUCAUGGAGCCACGAUUAAUAUGUGUAGCCACAGUAACUCGAAUUAUUCAUCGUCUCUUGAGGAUACAUUUUGAUGGAUGGGAAGAAGAAUAUGAUCAGUGGGUAGACUGUGAGUCCCCUGACCUCUAUCCUGUAGGGUGGUGUCAAUUAACUGGAUAUCAACUACAGCCUCCAGCAUCACAGUCAUCAAGAGAAAGCCAAUCAGGUUCAUCAAAACAGAAGAAAAAGGCUAAGUCCCAGCAAUACAAAGGACAUAAGAAAAUGACUACAUUGCAGCUGAAGGAGGAGUUGAUGGAUGGAGAGGAUUAUAAUUUCCUCCAAGGAGCAUCUGAUCAGGAAAGCAAUGGCUCUGCCAACUUCUACAUCAAACAAGAGCCCUGAGGUUUGCUCAGAAACUGAGGGUGGAGGGAAAGAAUUUUACACAGGACUGAUUUAUAAUCAAUCCAGCUGUACAGCGGGGCUAUUCUACUGGGACAUUUUGCCUAAACAUAGAAAAUUCAGUUCCAGAUUUUUCAAGUGGGUAGGGAAACUAUUUUAGCUGUGGGGGGAAAUUUUUCAAUUUAUAAAGAUGGACAAUUUUUGUGUUGUAUUUGAAGCUUUUGAAAGAAUUUGUAAUAUUUUCCAAGUUUGGAUUUAUGUGCAUGUUAACAAGAACUGAAAUUCUAACUUUUUUGGUAAGAUUAAAGUUUAGGUAGCAGGAUUGAAGGAAAUGAUUUAAGAAGGAUAUAGUGUAAAUGCAAAUGAACUGUCCAUUACAAAUGAACCUUUUUGGUACCUGUUGGGAGAUUUUGGGAUUUUGGAAGUUAGGCCAGUCACAUCUCCAGCUUCCUCUGCUGCAGAAUAUGCAAACUGAACAUCCCCCCCAUCCCCGCCCCAUGGAGAGCGCAUCACCACAUAGAUCACAGAAGGGUAAUUAAUUCUGCUUGUUGGCAUUUAUUGCAGCCAUUUUAAAUAUUUGUACAGAAAUGUUUUUCAUUCUGUGAAAAUUUCUUUGGAGUUCUGUAUGAAACUGGAAGAACUCUGGAUACUUUAUAUGUUCUCUUUUAAUUAAAAAAUGAGUAAAAUUAUUCUAACACUAAAGUGUUUAAACUGGAAUGUUGACAAGAUAUACAAGAUCUCAGUCUACAUUGUGAGGGGUUGGGGAAAAUGCAAUAUUGUCCUAAGUUUAUUUUAUUUUCCUUACUAAAAAAUACCCCACAAAAGGGAUUCUCAUCAGUUCUCUGCCAUUUCUCUCCGUCUGUGAGAUAAUACUUGGUAUAACCACACCCCAAAACACAUGUUCUGUAUUACCAGGAGAAUCAAAUUAACAGUUGUUUAAAGCCAAGAUAAGUUUAGAUUUCAAAAUCAUUCCAGCUCUGCUUUUUACUAUCCUGGAUUUGUUAGAAAACUAAUUUGAAAGAGAAUUUAAUUUUCUUAAAAUUCC